GUGUGCGUAAAUCACUGAAUCAGUGGAGAGGUGUUCUGGAUCGCUGAAAGAACGACCUACUUCCUGCGAGCGUCUUGCGAGUGGCAGCGCGAAAAUGCGUCCGAAGAAUGGAUCGCCUGGCAUGGCCAACUCUCGUGUUGGCGGCCGACCUAUCCUGAUAAUUGGGGUUAUUGUGCUGGCCAUGUGCAUGCUGAUGUUCGGCUACCAACGUUACGACAGGGUGCGCAACCGAGAGUUCUUAGCUCAACAGCAUGCUCGUCUGACGACAAGUAAAUUGAAUGAAUGUUCGAGCUCAAAGGCACAAACGAUGGAGAAAUUGAAAACAGCCGAGGAAGAAGCGGAAAACUGCAGGCUGCAGGUCACUAAGCUGCAGACAGAAUUCAAGGAAGAAAAGGCUGCCAAAGCAUCUGCUGAGACUGAUAAAGAGGACCUAGAGAGAGAAAAGAAGACAAUCCUGACGCAGCUAGAAGAGUCAAAGUCUGACCUUGAGCGCCUAAAGCAAGCCCAUGGAGAUGUGAAGACGGAACAUGAUCGCAGCAAAUCCGAUUACAAGACCUUACAGGGUGACUUUGACAACCUAAAGCGAGAACAUGAUCAACAGUCAGAAAGGCUAACACAGAUGGAAAGCCAGGUGGCUGCUCACAAAGGAAAAGAGGAGGAAGCCGAACAGAUACGGCAGGAGCGCUCACAGCUAAAGGAUCAACUUGCCGCCUGCCAAGAUCAGCUACGUCAGAAAGAAUUGAAUGAACGGACUGUACAGGAGUCAAUGGGACGCAACAAGUUUAGUGCUGCUGCUGCGCACUUUGCAAAGGCAGCCGUUCCCAGACUUGGAGCUAACUUCGUAGGGGGAAAGAUAGCGCCUCAAGGACGUUCACAAGGCCUCCCUCCACAGGAUAAGUACCAAACUGCAAAGCAAGAGCGACUGCCACAGCAGCAACACCAGGAACAAGAGGAACCGCAUCGCCUCGGCCAGGAACAAGACCAUCAAGGGGGCCAGCAGCAGCAGCAGCAGCAAGGAGAGCAGCACUCCCAACCGCAGCAGGACCAACAACAGCAGCAAGGUCAGGACCAGCAACAGCAGCAGGACCAACAAUCCCAACAGGACCAACAACAGCAGCAGGACCAACAACAGCAACAGGACCAACAACAGCAACAGGACCAACAACAGCAGCAGGACCAACAACAGCAGCAGGACCAACAACAGCAGCAGGACCAACAACAGCAGCAGGACCAACAACAGCAGCAGGACCAACAACAGCAACAGGACCAACAACAGCAGCAGGACCAACAAUCCCAACAGGACCAAGAACAACAGCAGCCACCGCAGGGUCAGGAUCAGCAACAGCCCCAGGAAGGCCAGACUGAAGAACAGCAGCAGGGCCAGGGACAAUCUCAACAGGACGAGGGCCAACAACACCAACAGGAUCAGGAGCAUGGGCAGCAGCAAGAAGCACAUGAACAGCCCAGCAGCCAGGGAGAUCAGCACCAGCUAUCACAAGAAGGGCACAGCGAAGAGGAUGAUAAACAGAACCCUCAGGGAGAUCACUCACAAAAUCCUGAUUCACAGGACGGCAAUCCAGAGGGAAGUGACAAACAGACUGAGGUGAAGGAAGGAGGAGGUGAUGAACCGAAAGAAGCUCCACAGGAAGGUGGCGAGGAACAGAACAAACCAAUGAAGACCGGAGAUGCUCGCGAACCUGGGGAGCAUAGCAAAGAGGAGAGCCCCCGAGAUGAACACGCUGAUUCUGACAUGAAGGACGAUCAGCACAAUGCUGGAACUCAGACUGACAAUGAACAGCAACACGAAGAAGAUCAGCACCCAGAAGACGGCAACCAUGAUGGAGAAACUGGUCCUGAAAAUGCCGGAGAGGGGCAGCAUGAAAAUCCUGAAAACAAUGCUGCUCGGCCUGCAUCAGAUGAGGAGCCAGCAGAAGAAGACCCCAACCAGCAGGAGCACGUGAAGCAGCCUGGUGAAGACGCACAGCAGGAUUCUGAAAGAGCGUAGCAUUUUUAGUGAGAUUUGAUAUGAUGCUGAACUUUUUGCCUAAUGGUUGAAUGUGCUAAUCGAUAUACAGCCUGCUGAGCAUUGUGCUGUGGUUUGGCUAGAUAACAAUUAUACCAUCGUGUUACGGCCCGCCACUUUCUGAGAUAUUUGGUCAUAUAAUCCGAGUAUCCCUUGAGAACCUUCACUUCUUGCCUGCUGUCACUUGCCCUGGUGACGAGCCAGUUAUUCGGGUGAAUUUCUUAAUUUUCUGUUUGAAUAUGUUUUUGUUUUCCGCAGAACGAGCGUUCUGGGAUCACGGCUGAAAUUCCACACAACUGCAAGUUGGA